CGAGGGAUUCUAUCUCUUUGGCCAGAGGACCUAUGGCGCAUCCUCUACUGGCGCUAUCGAUUCCAUCGGCGCCCGUCUCGGCUUCCUCCUCCUCCUCCUCCGACGCUCACAUUCUCCACUCCACAGGUUCGUCGUCGCCGCUCCUCACAGCGUUUCAAUCGCCGGCUCCAUCCGGGAGGAUUGCUGCUGCUCCGGGCCCUUCCAGGGUUUCGCUCGCAGGGUUUUGCGCGUGCGCUAGGCAGGGGAUUAGGGUUGAUGCGGCCGCUGGUGGCCGCGGCAGGGUUUCGGCAUUCCUGGACAAUGACGCUGUCGAUCUCAAUCCCUCCUCGAUGGUGCCCGUGAUGAGGAAGGAAUUUGGUGCCUUUGGCGGUGGCGCGACGCUGGAAAAAUCCAAGCUUGACCUCUCGUCCACGUCUUCGACCAAGUCCAGGCCUCAGCUAGAGGACGGUGACAAUGGUGGAAACAUUGGCAAAGGAAACAGGCAUGGCGGUGGUGAUAGCGGCGACGAUGGUGGAGACGACGACGCUUAUUUCGGUGAUGGUGACGAAGAAGAAGAUGGUGGAAACGAUGGUCUCUUUGGCAAACGAAUAAUUGUUCCAGAGAUUUUCGACCGGAAAAUCCUGGAGGCGGUGAUGAAGGAAUGGUACCGAACUAUGAGUGACUUGCCUCUUGGUUUCAAGCAGGCUUUUGAGCUGGGAUUGGUGAGCUCCGCGCAGCUCGUGAGAUUCUUUUCAAUGAGUGCCAGGCCAACGUUCUCAAGGGCGCUCUACAGACUGUUUCCUCCAUCGCUUCCAAGAAUGCUUGCAGAUCCAAGCUGGUAUCCUUACAAAAUAUGCUUGGAGCAACUCGCUACCAUUGGUUACGGAUGUUGGUGGGAGUACCAGCGUCGGGGUGAAAGGAUCAAGGACGAGUGGGAUUUGGCUCUAUGCAACGUCCUCACUCUCGCGGCUUGUAACUUAGCCGUUGUUUGGUCGCUCGCGCCGACAAGGUCCUACGGCUCAACCUUCAAGUACGAGUUUCAGAACGUUCUACAGAAGCUUCCCAACAACAUCUUCGACAAGAGCUACUCCAUGCGGAAUUACAACAUGGGGCAGAGGCUCUGCAGCUUUUUCUACAAGGCAGGUGUGCUUGGCUUUUUGGGUGCGUUCCUUGGAGCUGCUGGAGCGGGAUUGUCAAAGGCUUGCAUUACUUUGAGAAAGCAGCGUGGUGCGAGCGACGAGUCUUCGGUGCCUUUGCCUUCGGUCCAAACAAGUGCUCUCGGCUAUGGUGCUUUCCUUGGCUUAUCCGGAAACUUUAGAUACCAGCUGGUCUACGGAGCGGAACGCGCGAUGCAAGAGCAUCUCAAUCACCUGGGCGUUGUGAUCCUUUGCAGCUCCGCUUUGAGGCUGCUGUCGAUUCGCGUAGGCGAUGCCAGUCGAGUAGCUCUCCUCGGUUUGGAUUCCGACGCGAAGAAGGCCCGAGAUGGGAAAGCGUACCGCCGGCCUUCUCUCCCGUCCAUGGAGUCCCUCAAGAACGGCUUCUCCAUGUCCGGUUUGCUCGAUGCCAAGAAGGAUAUCUUCGCAAAGAGGAAAGUCAAGAGGAGAGUUAUGGCCGUGCAAUAGACGAGGAUCCACCACCGCCGGAAGAGGUGCUACGUUUAUUUCUUUUUAUUUCUGACUGCCAGCUUUUUCUCAUCGUCUGGCCGCCGCAAAGAACGUGAGGUGUUUUCGCUGCGCAACUCUUCCUUUUUUUUUUUUUGUGAAAUAAGAGAGGUAUUCUACGUGGAAUUAAAUCCACCGGCCAUGCAAGUGAUGGAGAAUACGAAAGUUUGCAAAGUCAAGAAAAGGAGGAAACAGUUCAAUUGACGUUGGCCAGUCGGCGUUGCAUGAAGUCACAGCUUUUUACGUGGAAAUACAUACUUCUAUUCUUUUU